AUGCUGAAAGUAUUCAACCGUCAGCCCAAACAUGACUGCCUGCAUCGGCGGGACUCUGAGAGCCAAGAUAGCGACGGCUUGCUGCCAGUCCCUUCUUCGGGCUCGCCACCCCUCAAACCCUCUGCUUUGUACCGUCCAAGCCGCGAUACUCGGGUCGCUGUAAGGGUGCAUGUACUGUGCACUAUUGUAUACGUGGGCGCGACGCUAUGGAUGGCUUUUCAUAUGAACAAAACGACCUCGGUCGUCAAUGCUGACGAGUUUUGCAUUCACCACAUCUCACAAUACUCACCCGUCGUCAGAGAUGUGAAGCCGAAUUGGCAUAUGCAGUUGUUCAACGGAAGCUUCCUGCAUCAGAGUGUUUACCGGCAGUCGGCAGGGCCAGAGGUUGACGCGGCGUGGGAUGCACUCGGUAUCAACUACCGAAGUGUAGUGGUUCCCGAGGCGGAGGCGGAGCGAACUGGGCUGCGUCAUGACCAAGUGAAAAUUAGUCAAGAGUACGGUGGUGGCUUCCCAGCCAACGUCGAAGGCCUGCAUCACCUGCAUUGUCUUGAUCUCCUUCGCAAGACGUUGUAUUGGAACUACGACUACUAUCUGGCACAAAAGCAGGGGGCAUUUGUGAAUAGCGAGUAUAUUGUGCGGGUGCACGCAACGCACUGCCUGGACACUAUCAGACAGGUUCUCAUGUGCAACCCAGAUGUGGGCGUGUUGGGUCAGGUGUGGUGGCAACCCGACAGCGAGCCAGAGCCAAUGCCGUUUGUCGACUUCAACACGAAGCACCGAUGUCGCGACUAUAAGGCCAUACGGCAAUGGGCAGAGGAGCACCAGCUGCCGCCAGAAACAGAGGUGGACAUGGAGAGGUUCUAUCAGAGGCCGAAGGCAGGGGACACGGUCUUGGGCGAGAUUCCAUGA